UCUUGCAUUAGCCACAAUUGCACAGGCAACACGAAAGUUUUCUCUCUCUGUUUCUCUCAUUUUCUUCCAUUUUCUCGAUAGCCAAACAUAUCCGAGCACAUCAAUAGGCAUCGCCGGGAAAAAGUGCUUGGAGAGGGAACAAAGUUUUAAUAUCGCAAAGGUUAGAUUUUUAGACCUCUUUAGGUCUCUGUAGAGGCCAUGGCUUGGAGGCGCUUAAUCACGGAGAUGAGGAGUUCCAAAGGUGAAGGAGAGAAAAGGAACUAAAUAGGAAGAGCUUUCCUUCAAAAAAAAUGCAUCUAUGUCAAAUCACAAACAUUUGAAGUUAGAAGCCAUGUGUGCGUUUGCAUGCAUCACUCUGUGGGAGGAAGAAAUCAUUUCUACUCCAAGGCUUCAAGACAUCAACUGGACUUGGGACAUUUCAGAAAUUUACUUCUCAGAUCUUAUUUGCCCACCCUCAAGUCUGGAGGCGGUGCAGGUAAUAGACUUUUAGGUGCUCACGGGAGAUUUCAGUCAAGCUAUGUGGGGAAUUUAUCUCGGAGAAUGUAUGAUGUAGAUGAAGUUAGUGAGGUUGCUCAUCUCAGAGAGCUUUAUCACCGAAAUGAUCCUGAAGCAAUAAUAAGGAUAUUUGAAAGUCAACCAUCAUUACAUUCAAAUCCAUCUGCACUUUCAGAAUAUGUCAAGGCAUUAGUCAAAGUUGAUAGGCUGGAUGAAAGUGAGUUGCUCAAGACACUGCAAAGAGGUAUUGCUAGCUCGCCUAAGGAGGAAGAAAGUAUAGGAGGUAUUACAGCUUUCAAGAAUAUAGGAAAGCCAACUAAAGAUGGUAUCCUUGGAACUGCUAGUGCACCUAUCCACAUGGUUGCAGCAGAAGGAGGACAUUUUAAGGAGCAGUUGUGGCGUACAAUUCGCUCUAUUGCAUUGGGAUUUCUGUUAAUUUCUGGCGUAGGAGCACUUAUUGAGGAUAGGGGAAUUAGUAAAGGACUUGGUCUGCAUGAAGAGGUGCAACCUAGUAUGGAAUCUAAUACGAAGUUUAAUGAUGUGAAGGGCGUUGAUGAGGCCAAAGCAGAGCUAGAAGAAAUUGUUCACUAUCUUCGUGAUCCAAAGCGUUUCACUCGUCUGGGUGGCAAGCUCCCAAAAGGUGUUUUGCUUGUUGGUCCUCCUGGCACCGGCAAAACCAUGUUAGCAAGAGCUAUUGCUGGGGAGGCUGGAGUUCCUUUCUUCUCGUGCAGUGGGAGUGAGUUUGAAGAGAUGUUUGUUGGGGUUGGUGCCAGGCGGGUCAGGGAUCUUUUUUCAGCUGCAAAGAAGAGAUCCCCAUGUAUUAUAUUUAUUGAUGAGAUAGAUGCCAUAGGAGGAAGCCGUAACCCUAAGGACCAGCAAUAUAUGAAAAUGACAUUAAAUCAAUUGCUUGUGGAGUUGGAUGGAUUUAAGCAGAAUGAAGGGAUAAUUGUGAUUGCUGCAACUAAUUUCCCAGAAUCACUGGAUAAGGCACUGGUUAGACCUGGAAGGUUUGACCGCCACAUUGUUGUUCCUAAUCCAGAUGUAGAGGGACGGCGUCAGAUUAUGGAAUCCCACAUGUCAAAGGUACUGAAGGCUGAUGAUGUUGAUUUAAUGAUCAUUGCUAGAGGGACUCCUGGGUUCUCAGGUGCUGAUUUAGCAAACUUGGUCAACAUUGCUGCUCUAAAGGCUGCAAUGGAUGGUGCUAAAGCAGUAACAAUGGCUGAUCUAGAAUACGCAAAAGACAAGAUCAUGAUGGGAAGUGAGCGAAAAUCAGCUGUCAUCUCUGAUGAGUCAAGGAGGCUCACAGCUUUCCACGAGGGUGGCCAUGCACUUGUAGCUAUCCAUACUGAUGGAGCGCUUCCUGUUCACAAGGCGACAAUAGUUCCCCGGGGGAUGGCCCUUGGUAUGGUUUCUCAAUUACCUGAUAAGGACGAAACAAGUAUUUCCCGUAAGCAGAUGCUUGCUCGGCUUGAUGUUUGCAUGGGUGGCCGAGUGGCUGAGGAGCUUAUCUUUGGUGAAAAUGACGUUACUUCUGGAGCGUCCUCGGAUCUUCAGCAAGCAACUAAUCUUGCAAGAGCAAUGGUUACAAAAUAUGGUAUGAGUAAAGAAGUUGGGCUUGUCACACACAACUAUGAUGACAAUGGGAGGAGCAUGAGCACUGAGACUAGGCUUCUGAUUGAGAAGGAAGUGAGAUACUUCCUAGAGAGGGCAUAUAAUAAUGCGAAAACCAUCCUUACCACUCAUAGCAAGGAGCUGCACGCACUUGCUAAUGCUUUGCUUGAGCAUGAGACGCUCACAGGGAACCAAAUCAAGGCUUUGCUUGUGCAAGUCAACUCUCAGCAACAGCAGCAGCAGCAGCAGCAGCAACAACAACCGCAGAUGAUUGCACCACAGAGCGGUUCGCAAUCCAAUCCAGUUCCCCCAUCAACUCCAAAUCCUGCUGCAUCUGCUGCUGCUGCUGCUGCUGCUGCCGCUGCUGCUGCCAAGGCUGCUGCCCAAGCCAAAGGCAUUGCUCCUGUGGGAUCUUAGCCUGAAGGCUGUAAGGUCUCACCCUCCAGCUGGGUGUUUAUUUAGGUGAACUUCAUGUUCAUACGGACGCAAAAGGCAAUUGUGUUUUUAGACUGUAGCCUGAUCAGUGUCAGUGAGAUUCAAUUUAUGUACCAUCAUCAGUCUGAUAUUGUUGAAUAUCUGUUGAAGAGUUAAAAUGGCAUUGACAUCAUCAGCAUCAAUAUAGCAGUUACAUUCAAGUGUA